GGGGGAGCGCGCGUGCGCGGGCUGAGAAAACGACGGGGAGCUGAGCCAGGCGGGAGCGCGCGGCGUCUCCGCCCGAGACAAGAGACCAACAAGAAAGGAUGAAAUCAACAGACCUGUGCCUUAGCUCUCGAGGGUCUGAAGUUGUUCUAGUCACAUCAAGUGAUGAAAAAUACCCCCCUGAAAACAUCAUUGAUGGAAGUUCAGAAACGUUUUGGACAACAACAGGAAUGUUCCCCCAGGAAUUCAUUAUUAGUUUUCAUAAAUGUGUAAAAAUCAGCAAACUCACAAUCCAGUGUUACUUAGUACGGAGUUUGAGGAUUGAGAAAAGCUUAUCUAAAAAUCCAGUAGAUUUUGAAGUGUGUACUGAAAAAGAUUUACAAUACACAGAAGGGGCGCUUCAAACGGAAGAAUUUUCUCUUCCUGAAUUCCAGGCUACCUACUUGCGAUUCAUCAUCAAAUCUGCCUUUGAUCAUUUUGUUUCAGUGCACACAGUGAUGGCAGAAGGAGUAGCAGAAAAUCUUUAAGACCAAAUUUAAAGAAUUGCCUCAAAUUAUUUUGUAAUAUUUGUAGCAUAAAGGAUAUAUUUAUUAUUCAAACAUUAUAUUAAAAUGGAUUUUUGAAAUAUGGCUCCAGUAUGUCAUGUCCCCCACCCGCCAGCCAUUUAAUGUGUAAUGCAGUACAACUAUUAACUCUGGUAAUACGUUUUUAGUUUUCCAAUGUAGAGUACAAAUGUUGAAGAAUUACUUUUUGCUUAACCAUUAAUAUAUGAGUAUAAUGGAUUCCACUUCUGAAUUGCAAUAUGUUGAGAUUAAAAGGCUAUUUACCAUA